CCAUUCUAGCUUUUGCAGCCAUUCUAGAGUCAAUACAAUAGAAGUUGAGGCCCCAAUUGACACUGCUCCAGAAGUUGAGGCACCGAUGGACACUACUCCAGAUGUUGAGGCACCAAUUGACACUACUCCAGAAGUUGAGGUACUGAUGGACACUACUCCAGGAGUUGAGGCACCUGUUGACACUAGUACUUUGUAUGAGACACCUACACCUUCACCUUCUAUUCAUCCUGAGCCACUAAAGAAAGAUGUUAAGUGCAAAUUAUACAUUGAGCAAGGUGGUGAUGUUGUGGCUCUUGGACGGGUGGUGGCUACCAAAGGCAAUGUACAUGGGAAAAGUUUAGCACCUGGAACCCAAGAGACUAAAGAGAAAGAGGAUUUCAGCAGCUUGUCCGCCAACACAAGACCUAAAACAUCCUCCACAACAUCUUCCCACUACUCAAGAAGAGGCAGGAUCAAGUAUGGCUAGUAAGUCGCCGAUUAUCUUCAAGGUUCCCACUGGACUUCCCAUGUUUUUGAAGAUACUUCUAGGUUCAGUUAAGUACGUAGAACCAGGAUUCAUGAUUGACAUUCUUAUGGAGACCAAUAUUAUGGGCGAACAAUAUACCUUAUAUAUCUCACAUGAGGAUAUAGUACACUUUGGACUUAUGGAAGAAAUCGGCGCAUCUUGCAUUUCAUUCUAUAUCAGGUAAAUUUUAAAU